GAGUGAGUGAGUGAAUGAGUGAAGGGAGAGAGACAGAGGCAAUGCAAUGCACCUUGAAAUCACUCAUCCUGAUGUGAAAUCGACAAGCACUCCACUACUGAGAGACAGACACUAACUACUGAGAGACUGGGAAGAUACAUAGGCUCAUCCAUCGAGUUCCCCUACCCUGUGGGAACAGAAACUGACCAGAAACUUGCUGCACCAGAUCAUACAAUGUUUUUGCCCAGGAGCCUUGGCUGUUUAUUGAGAGCAGUUUCUCUCUUAGCAUUGGUGUCCACUGGAUUCACCUACUCUUACUUCUCAAUUUCAGAGCAAGAUGAUGUCGACAGCAGAGAGAUUUGCCCAGAUAACAAAGUGGUCACAACAGAGUAUCCUUGUCUGAAAUCCAGUGGUGAAGUGGCGACCUGUUUCAGGAAAAAAUGCUGCCGAGGUUAUAAAUUUGUUCUUGGCCAAUGCAUCCCUGAAGAUUACGAUUUGUGUUCAGGAGCUCCUUGCGAGCAGCAGUGCACGGAUAACUUUGGCAGAGUCCUGUGUACCUGCUACACUGGAUACCAUUUCGACCGGGAGAAGCACAGGAACAGGGACAAGCCAUAUUGUCUCGAUAUUGAUGAAUGUACCAAAAGCAACGGGACCAUAUGCUCUCAUGUCUGUUUGAACACCGUGGGGAGCUACCAAUGUGUCUGCAAGGAAGGCUAUUACCUCAAGGAGGAUGGGAAAACAUGCAGCAAGAGUGAAAGUGCCAGCCAGUACAUCAAGUCAGACAACAUCCUGAAAACUGGCACUUGCUCCACAACCUGCGAAGAUUUCCAACAGAUCAAGCAGACCGUAAUGCAGUUGAAACAAAAGAUCACUUUACUGCCCAACAAUGUUGGCAAUAUUGGCAAGCAGCUGUCAAAUAGAGAGAAGUUACUUGUCCACAGUUACAGUUCUGGAAUUCCAGGAUCACCUGGGCCCCCAGGGCCUCCAGGUCUGUCAGGACCUAAAGGAAACCCAGGCCCAAGGGGACCACCAGGAGCUCCAGGGCAACCAGGUUCCAGAGGGUUAAUGGGGCCCGUAGGCCCUUCACCUGAUAUAUCUCACAUCAAGAAGGGAAGGCGAGGGCCAGUGGGGUCGCCUGGGUCAUCUGGAAGAGCUGGAGCCAAGGGAGAGCAGGGGGCUACUGGACCAAGAGGACCACCUGGUCCACCGGGUUCCUUUGACUUCUUGCUCUUGAUGCUGGCAGACAUCAGGAACGACAUUGCCGAGCUUCAGGAGAAGGUGCUUGGACCCGGGAAUCACGCCACAGGAGAGGGAUUCCCAGUUCCCAAGCAGGACCUGAGGGAAGGCCAAAGCUAUGACAUUCCUGACUGGGGCUCGGGGGAAGACUACAGGCACAGGGGCAACCCAAGGGGACUCCGGAAAAGAACUUCCACAUGAAAUUUACCACACUUUACCAAAACUGAACCGCCAGUCCUUUCCACUAGGAUCGGGCUCUAGAGAUGGGACCAGUGAGGAUGUGAGAUAUAUUGCACUGCUGAUGUAGAAUUUUAUUUCUUUGUCAGUCUCUUUUUUUAAAAAAGUAUAUACUUUAUCAAACGUAAUAUUUGAGAUAAAUCCUAGAGUCUUAAGAGAGUCCUGUCACAACACAAUUUUAAAAAGGUCAUUUUUCUGAGUGAAAGUGUGUAGUACUGAGAGCUGUUGUUUCCACAUUCCGCAUUGAGUGUGUGUGUGUGUGUGUGUGUUGGGUGGUGGGGGAGAGAGCAGGAGGAGAUACGAAGGGGAUUAAGGGUUCAUAUGCAUAUUUUGUCCUUCGAUAAUAAUGCGUCAUAAUAAUUUGUUUCCACUGGGAAAUCUUUCAAAAUGUCCGUUGUUUAUUCACUCCUCUGUGUUUAGAAAUUGUCACCUUUGUUUCGUUUCAUAAAUGGAUAGAAAGCC